AUGCCACCACCACGCACCCUCCUCCCUCAAAUCCUCCGCCUAAUAUCCCAGCGCACGCCCAAAACCCCCCGCCGCCUAUUCUCAACCCCUCCUCCACCUCCUUCGGCCCAAACACCCAAAACCUCCCAAUCCCGUCUCCACAAACUCAACGACCGCCUCCCACCGUUCCUCCGCUCCUUCACCACCCCUCUCCUCGGCGCCCCAGCAACCCACAUCACCUCCUUCCUGAUCCUCCACGAAAUCACCGCCGUUGUAAGUUUGUUAGGUCUGGUGGCGGCCUUUCGCUACGGUCCGGGACUCCCCGAUAUGACCUCCAAUAGCUUGUUCCAGGAACAGACGCAGCGGUUUGGACGGUAUUUACGGAAGAAGGGCUGGGUGGAGGAGGUGGAUGUGGAGGAGGCGGUUGGGGUUGGGGAUGCGGAUCGUGGGUUGGAGUUUGAGUCGGCGGUGGGCUUGGGGGAGGGGGAACGGGAGGGCGUGCGUUUGAUUUUGGAGUUUGCGACGGCGUAUAUCAUUACCAAGGCGUUGAUGCCGGUGCGGAUUGCGGUGAGUGUGUGGGCUACGCCGUGGUUUUCGAGAGUGGUUUUGGGGCCGUUGGGGAGGGGGGCGAGGGGAUUGUUUGGGAGGAAGUGA